AGCGCCCUACUUCGACUAUUAUCUAUUGAACAACUUAUUCCCAGCUAGUUUCCGGAACAAAAUAAAUAAUAAUAAGGGACUGUUGAUAGUUUAGUUAGUAUCCUAUCAAUAGUUGUUGAAGUUUGAACAAAUUGCUGGUUAAGUUUUAGCGUGUGUUCUUUUUCUUUACUUAAUAUUUCAGUGAAUGCGAUAUUAGUAAAUAAAAUAGUAUAUUAUAAUAUAAUAAAACGAAACAAAAGGAAGAUAAAUACAAUUUUGAGAAAGGAAAGUGAAGAUGAGUGAGGCUAAUUCCGCGCUGUGGUACCAGCUGGACUUAAAGUGUAAGCCGUUGGAUACAUUAGAAGACAUUCAUGAGUUUAUGCUGAACCCGCCAGCGUGGCGGACGCUGUGUGAGCCUCUGAGGCCGCACAGCAAGUACUUGAUAAAGAACAGUGAAGUGAACCCUAACUUCGAGGGGAUUACAUUGGAGAAGCCGCAGAGUUUCUGUCACUUCGACCUGGACGCGGACGAGACGCCGCGCCACCCGGAGGACCAGUUGCCGCGCACGUUGCUCUGCCAUGACAUGGCCAACGGAUACCAUGAUGACAGUGCUAUAGACGGUACCGGGGACCACAACGCGUAUGCAUUCUACUACUGGUCGGGUGUGGACAUCUUCUGUUACUUCAGCCACCACCUGGUCACAAUCCCGCCGCUGGGCUGGAUCAACGUAGCGCAUGCACAUGGUGUCAAGGUUAUUGGAACAAUAAUAACGGAGUGGACGGAGGGCGCUUUGUUUUGGAACCAGGUGCUGUCGAGUGAGCAGCAGAUGCAGACGGUGGUGAGCGCACUCGUCACCAUCGCCAAGACGCUCAAGUUUGAGGGCUGGCUGCUCAACGUUGAGAACAAGGUGUCGGCGCCGGAGCGGCUGGUGUCGUUCGUGGCCAUGUUCCACCGCACGCUGCACGCGGAGCUGCCGGGCGCGCUGCUCAUCUGGUACGACAGCGUCAUCAACGACGGCUCGCUCAGCUGGCAGAACCAGCUCAACCACAAGAACAAACAAUUCUUCGACGUGUGCGACGGUUUCUUCACGAACUACUCGUGGUCGGAGGCGGACGUGGCGGCCAGCGUGGCGGCGGCGGGCGCCCGCCGGCGGGACCUGUACGUCGGCGUCGACGUGUGGGGGCGCAACUUCUACGGCGGCGGGCAGUUCAACACGCAGCAGGCGUUGAAGCUGGUGCACUCGUACGACUGCUCCGUGGCCAUCUUCGCGCCGGCGUGGACCUGGGAGGCGAUGGGCGGCGACGAGGAGCCCUGCGACCCCCACGGCGUGGAGGGGGGCGGAGGCCUGCCGCGCCGCCGCCGCCUGCUGCUGCGCGAGCGUGCGCUGUGGGACAGCCUGUGGCCCUUCCUGCGCACGCGCCUGCCCGCCACGCUGCCCUUCCAGACCUCCUUCUGCAUGGGCCACGGCACCAAGCGCCGCAUGUACGGCGAGGUGCUGUGCAACUCGCCGUGGUACAACCUGCGCCACAUGCACUACCAGCCCUCGUGGGCGCACGGGGCGCACUGCUACCUGCUGUCCACGGCCGCGCGCCUGCGCAGCGCCUCGCGCCUCGCCGUGCGCGACGUGCGGGGCAUCCUCAAGCUGCGGGAGUCGCUCCUCGACCUCAGCGGGCCCGAGCAGCUCGACAGCGUCAGCAGGCUCAUCCGCAACCCCAGUUGCGAGGACCUCUCCACCGAGCCUGCGUACCAAUCCGCGUACCAACUCGAAGACCAGUCCGCGAAUCAGCUCGCGGAUGAGCAGACGGCGAACAAGCCCGGGGAGGAGUCGCCGCGGCCGGUGGACAGCGCCAUCGUCAUCGCCGCGCAGACCUCCGAGGACGCGUUGAACAAGCCCGCCAAGUUCAAAAACGUCUUCAAAAACAUCCUCAAAUUAAAAAAGGCUAAAGUGGAAUUCAAGGAGCCUUCGCCCGUGUCGCAGGAGCCCCCGCAGCGGGCGGAGGAGCCCGCGGAGCAGCCGGCCGCGGAGCCCAGCUUGGAGCGGCUGGCGCCGGACCUGCGCCUGCGGCUGCAGGACGACAAGACGCGGCUGACGCUGGCCUUCGUGCGCGAGGAGCGCGACUGCCUGGAGCCGUACUUCGAGGACAGCUACAGCGGCGGCUGCUGCCUGCGGCUGCACCCGUCGGACGACGUGAGCCCGCAGCACCGCACGCAGCGGCUGUUCCACUGCGACUUCCCCGUGCGGGACGCGCUGGUGGUGUGCCUCGUGACCAAGGCGCUGGCGCGCGCGCCGCAGCAGGCGCUCAGCCUGUGGCUGGCCGCCCGCGACGCCGCGCAGCAGCGGCGCCGGGCGCUGCUCGUGGGGCGGCGCAUGCCAGUGGCGAGUCCGGCCCCGUCGCCGGGGCUGGUGACGCGCUACCCGGAGCGGCCCGGCUCCGACGAGUUCAAGGAGCUGCAGACGUACCUGCUGCUGCACGAGCCCGGCUUCUACAUGCCGUUGCAGAACCACUACGGCUGGCAAGUGUUCUACUUCGUGGUGCCGCUGGCGGGCUGCCGCGUGACGUGGCUGGGCUGCCGCGCGGCCGACCGCCGCGGGCCCGUGCUGCUGGGCCACGUGGGGCUGUGCGAGUGGCGCCGCCCCGCCCUCGCCUCGCACUCCGCGCCCACUCUCGUGUCCUCCCGUGAGGACUACGACGAAGGUCCCAAAAACGAAUGGAAAGAAAAAUAAUCCGCGAUAAAUACGACUUAUAAUUAUAACAAAUGAGAUUUUGUAGUUUUGUAUAUAUGUAAUAAAUAAUAAUGUUCAGGGCCUAUUUUUAUAUUCGUUAUAAUGGAAAUGCCAAAUCUUGAUGUUUUUAUUGAUAAUUAAUAUGCCUAUUACAUAUUUUA